UGGGAGACAAGUUGAUCAAACGAGCCUACUUGAGAGAAUUCCAAUUCCAGCUUUCACUAUUGGAUGCUCUGCUUUCAAAUUGCCUUGAUUCCUUAGAAGAGAAUGUUCUAUUUCUGAUAGUGAAUUUCCAAGUGGUGAAUUUUGUCAUCAAUCAAUAUGAAUAAUCAGAAAAAGAAAAAGAAAAAGAAGGAAUAAACUCAUCACUAUUUAAUAACCAGUAUUCUUGCACAUUAUAGUAAGAGACAGAUUUGAGAAUACGAAAAAACUCUACGAAUGCUUUUGAAAAUUGGAGAUGUUAGAGGCAUGUACAGGAAGUUCAAGCCACAUCUUCUUAUGGUUCUAACUCAGUUAGGCUACACAUUUCUCUACUUCAUCACAGAAGCUUCAUUUAAUCAAGGACUGAAUCCUCAUGUUUACAUAACAUAUCGGCAUGCUGUUUCCGGAUUCGUCAUGCUUCCUUUCGCCUAUUUUCUUGAAAGAAAAACAAGGCCAAGGUUGACAUGGGCAUUGUUUGUUGAAUUAUUCAUUCUUUCAUUACUUGGAGUCGGCUUAACUCUUAACACAUACUUUGCAAGCUUGAAAUAUACGUCUCCGACCAUGGUUGCUUCCAUGGUCAAUACCAUUUCCUCCUUGACUUUUAUCAUUGCCUUUUUACUUAGAUUGGAAAAAUUAGAUGUAAAGAAUCCUCGAGGGAAGGCAAAGGUAAUAGGAACAUUGGCAUCUUUAGCAGGAGUUACACUAAUGACAUUGUAUAAAGGGAAGUCUUUUAGGAGCUUAUGGAGUGCGCCAAUUCAUAUGGAAAGCAAUUUAAUCCAUAAAAAUUGGCUGAAAGGGUCCGUUCUUGGUGUGGCAAGCUGCAUAACAUGGUCUAUGUGGUAUGUUAUGCAGGCAUUCACACUGAAGAAGUAUCCGGCUCAACUUUCACUGACUACAUGGAUGAGCUUUAUCGGAGGAGCACAGUCAGCAGUUUUCACAGCAUGUGUAGAGCAUAAACCAACAGCAUGGAUUAUUGGGUUUGACAUUAAGCUCUGGAGCAUCUUAUAUGGGGGAAUAGUUUGCUCUGGUUUGAUAAUUUUCAUUCAGUUGUGGUGCACUGAAGAAAAAGGACCGGUUUUUGUAACAGUGUUCAAUCCUCUGUCGACAAUAAUGGUGGCGCUUCUUGCAUACUUUGUUUUAGGCGAACGACUGUAUACAGGAAGCCUAUUGGGAGGAAUUAUUGUCAUCAUCAGUCUUUACUUGUUCUUGUGGGGCAAGCAAAACGAAGAAAGGAUCCCAAUGAGAUCAUCAGAUAUUUCUGGUUUUGCUUGUGAGAAUGAAAAGCAAGUCAGCCAAGAUAUGUUACGAAAUUGUGAUGAAGAAAGUGUGACUGCGAAGAGCAUUCCACAAGCUUAAAGUAUCAUAUACUUUCAGACUCCAUUACAUUUCUUUAAAGUGAAGCUCCAUUGUAUUUCAAUUGCCUCACCAUCAAAAAUACAUUGCGAGAUAUGAAAGUAUUUUACUGA